GCUCUACGGGUGAACACUUCCGGUAGCGUUUCCUGUGUUUGUAAACUGAGAAAAAUUGGAACUCCGACAAGAAAUAUUAAUCUGCAAAACUCAACAAAAUCUUAAGGCCUUGGCCCCUGAUUAUUUGGGUGAGUGUGGUCUCUUCUCACACCCCUCAUCCUGAGUGACCCACCUUGACGCACCCCUUUACCCCCAAACACACACACGCAUUCAAACCACGCACCGGCGAUGACACACCACCCCAACAACUCCGUUCGAGACCACAUGAAAUGGGCUGGGUUGCUGGGCUGUGAGACGGUGCUGUCCAGCAUCGCCCUGAUGCAGGCCAACAACAUGUCUGGCAGUCAGAAGAAGUUGACGUCACAGCAAGGCCAGGGUCAGAGAGACCACAGCAACCCUGAAAGCCACCAGCAGCAGUCUCACGAGGCUCACCACGGCCACCACAACAACCACCAGGCCCACCACAGCCACAUGGUCCUGCCCUCGGGAGUCAGCUGCCCACCCCUGUUAAUCAGAAAAGAUGGACACUCAUUUCACACGCCCAGGCUGCUGGAUGAGAAAGAUAUGCAGGCCAGCCAGAAUAUGCAAUCGACAAAGAAGAAGCACAGAAAAUCAGGAACGCCCAACAAACUGAGAGAGAAAGUGGAGCAGGUGGAGAUGGAUAUUAACGGGGAUGAUGAUCAUGAUUCACUAGUACAGAAGAACUUCAUCUGUGAGCACUGCUAUGGAGCGUUCCGCAGUAGCUACCACCUGAAGAGGCACAUCCUCACUCAUACAGGGGAGAAGCCGUUUGCAUGUGACGUGUGUGACAUGCGGUUUAUUCAGCGAUAUCAUCUGGACAGACACAAGAGGGUUCACAGUGGAGAGAAGCCCUACCAGUGUGAUCGCUGCAAUCAAAACUUCUCACGGACGGACCGUCUGCUACGUCACCGGCGUCUGUGUGGAGCGAGGACCAGCCUUCCCAAGGAGGAGAACCAGUCAUUCUCCUGCGAGAGCAGAGGAGGAGCCUACUCCCAGGAUGCACCUGGGCACCAGGCCACUUGGAGCCCCCUACAGCAGCAGAACAGCCGUCUGGCUGUCUAACCUCUGACCCCUCGGAGAACCCCCCCCCACCUAACACACAGUCAGCAGUCCUCCGCUCAAUGAUGCCACAUACUGGAGCAGACCAGUACUGUGUCGUCCCUCAGCCCAGAUAAACCUGGCUAAGACACAAGAGAAAGACACCAAACCUUAUGCUGUUCUCACCACUGAACUCAUAUCCUGUUGAUGGGAUAGUGAAUAAUUUUCUACUCAUUUUAUUCAAAUUUUUGUAUUGUUACGUACAUGGUACAAGACCUAGAGUGGGAGAGGUUUGGGCAAGCUGUCAUAUUACUAUGGCAAUAAUGAAUUCACAAACUGAUAUGUUGUAGCCUCAAUUGGACUAGUAUUUUUUUGACUGUGAAUGAUCCAUGGACACUCAAUGUAAGGUUGGCCUGGUCAAACCAAUAUGCUCCCCUGGCUUUGAUUUUUUACCAUUGAGUGUUUGUGGAAACUCACCAUUGGGCAAUUCUGCCCUACCAAGCAAAAAGGCAGUAACUGCUCAUAGCGUGGAACUGAUGAAUAUGGCUUUUGUUUACCUUUGUUUCACAGGAACUUUAUGAAGUAACUGCUAACAUGACCCCCAUUUUCUCCAAAACACAAUACAGUAGAGGCAGGAUACUUGUCCACAUGAUUAAGCAUGCAUUUAAUGUAGCAAAAAAUGACAUUAACACAUUUUUGACCAAACGAGCAGUUACUGCCUUUUUGCUUGGUAGGGCAGAAUACUGAUCAGUAACCUAGGACACUCUUCUUGUUCCACAAGCAGCCUCAGUGUUCAUUGGCCAACCAGGUCAUACUAUGGACAUGAAGUUAUUUUAAGGACAAUGGUGAACACACAUCCUUGUGGCCUUGAACCACUCAGACUCAUUCAAAGUUGGUUCUGUUGCUACUGCUUGUAGCUCGCUAGCUCCUGGACUACCUUGUUAGGGAAUGGUCGUCAGCUAAUAGACCAGUAUAACUAGCUGAUCCAACCUUAAUGUAGAGACCAUUAGGGAGUUCAUGGCACAUUUCUUGUUCUCUGUUGUGUCCCCCACACAUCCAUCCAGUCCUUGUUAUGGGUUUGAUUCAAUGCUGUCUAAAUAUAUGUCACAUUUGAUACACUGGUCAUAUGUUGUUUAACUCUAGAACCUCUCAUAGCUACCGUUUUGGGCAUAGUAACCAUAGAAAUAUAAUUACUAAUGUCCAUUCUAGUAUUCUAUUUCUAUGUUAGUGACCUAUAGUCUUUUCAGUGAAUGUUCAGGACUGUAUGUAGGCCUAUUCUAUAUUCAUUCACUCCGAAGAGUCGGUCUUUCCUAACUCUUGUGUUAUUUUAAUUCCUUUUUAUCAAAUGUCCUGAGUACGUUGAUCCAGCUUGUCAUAUUUCAUGUCUGGUGUUUUUUUUUUUAUAGAAGGGGUCAUCAUAAGCAGCAGAUGAAGCAGGAUGGUUGACCUCUCAACGUUGCCCUUUUCUGACCCAGAAGGGACCCAUGUUUGUGAAUGAAUACUUACUCUAUAAUAUCAUACCAUGUUGUGUUUCUAUUCACCUCUGGCAUCUUCAGUGAAGAUGACCAUUUCUGAUCCAAAAGGACCCCUACAGCCUAGGCACUUCUGCGAGCAUUAGAUAAAUAUAACCAGUAUGGUAAUAGCUAUUGCUUCCAUCUGUCUAAUGCGUUCAGAUCUACAGGCAUGGCUAGGCAGUAGGUUUGGAAUUCAGUAUCUCUCUACUCAGUGGGGUACUUUUCAUUCAAAUUUUUAUUGGAGCGUCUCAAGCUCCAUUAUGGUAGCCUGGUCCCAGAUCAGUUUGUACUGGUUUUCCAACUCCUGUAAGUAAGUAGACUUGCACAAGCGUUGACUUCUGCAAGCUGGAACAGCUCAUAGGCGCAUCUGGGUACAUUACUCACGCUACAGAUGAGGCAGCUUGAUAUACAAGUACACCUCCUGGACAGGACGCUAGUCUAUCGCAGGCCCUUACCCCUAAUCUAUCUCCUUAAUGCUGAGUGCCAAGCGGAGACGCACUAGGUCCCAUUUUCACAGUCUUUGGUAUGACUCGGCUGAGGAUCGACCUUCCAAUCUCAGGGCGGACACUCUAAUCACAAGGCCACUGAGUCAGUCAUUGUCAUAUCAACGACCGUGGGACUGGGAUAUACAGCACAAACAGAUCUGGGACGAGGUUAUGAUGACAUUCUGUAUUUAUAAACACUGGAGUGAGGAAGCCUGAAAUAUAGGAGAAACAACAGUUAUCUGUAUAGAUGUAAGGUUUUUUAUAGAGAACCAGUAGUUACUAUUGCAUCACUGUCAGACUGUUAGUUGUGUCAAAGCAGUUUUAUGGCAGUCAGUUUUCUACUGCUAAAUUUAUUUUAAUAUAUAUUUUAAAUGUCAUUUAAAUUAGGAGUAGAGGCAGAACUGGUGCCUGUCUAGUGCAGCAGUUAUGAUUACUUCAUUCACGUUUUUAUUACUGGUAGUUUUGCAUGCAUUUGUGAUCCCCUAAGUUAAGUGACGUGAUCUUGUUUUUGGUAAAGACAGUAAAAUGUUUUUUUUUGUAAAAUUAGGUUUUGUUUUAAAAAUAAUAUCUUUGUUAUUGUCAUGAUUCUAGUCCCCAUCACAGGCAAAUGGAAGUCCAUUUUGACCUGGUAAGACAUAUUGUAGUGAAUGGAAAACUAGGGCCUCAAGCUUAAAUAAAGGUGUUUCUCUUUUUGAAGUUUUUAAA